AGCUGAGGGCGGGAGGCCACAGUCCCCUGAGGCUCGGAAAUUUCACAGCAGUUCCGCCUGCGCGCGGGGACUGGACCUAGAGGCUUUCCGUCGACUGUGACCCAGCUGGACCGGAGGUGCGGCACCUUAGCGAAUCAGCAGCAGCGAAUCUGCGGUGCGCGAAUCAAUCGCGUGGCGGCUACAGUCUUUCCUGGUCUGGAUAGGGAGUCUGUCCGCAGGAUGGACCCUGCGCAGUCUGCGGUCCGACUGACCGUAAGGGAAGCCAUUCACACCCUCUCAUCUUGCAAGGAUAUUGGCCUCAUUCUGUCCACCCUUGAAUUCCUGAAGCGUUAUCUUGGAGAAACAAAGAAUCCAGCCCUCCCCGAGGAACAGGAGGAAUUUGAGACUGUGCACUAUUCUGCCUUUCUUAGAUGUCUGGUCAGCAAGCUGAGCCCAGUUUGGCUGGAGCUGUCGCCUGAUGGCCAGUUGGAGGAGCUCUGGGACAGCUUUUUCCUGAAAGGCCCUGCUGACCAAGCCUUCCUAGUGCUCAUGGAGGCUAUUGAGAGCACUGCUGGCCCUAGCUUCUGUCUGAUGAAGAUGGCGCAGCUGCUGGCAAAUUUUCUGAGCCAGAACAGGAUGGCAGCUAUAAUGGAGGAGCAGUGUCGACCACAGAAGAAGCCCGGCUUCCCCUUGUUGCAGCAGACACUGCUCAACAAGGUGGUGGGCUUGCCUGAUCACCUAGGCAAUCGCCUGCAGCAGGACAACCUGACCCUGUUCUUCCCCCAGAACUAUUUUCGUUUGCUUGGUGAGGAGGUGGUUCGGGCACUACAGGUCAUUGUGGAUGCUCUACGAGGUGGCUUGGACUGUUCUGUCUCCUUCGUGUCUCAAGUUCUGGGGAAGAUCUGCAUCCAGGGGAGACAGAAAGAAAUCCUGGAUGUAUUGGUGCCCCAGCUGACAGCGCUUACCCAGGGCAGUUGCCUGUGGCAACGGGUUUGCUGGCGUCUGAUGGAGCAAAUACCUGACCGUGCCAUGGAGGCUGUGCUGACAGGACUUGUGGUGGCUGCUCCAGGCCCUGAAGUUCUUUCACGAUUGCUGGGAAACCUGGUUUUAAAGAGUAAGAAAGCCCAAUUUGUGAUGACCCGGAAGCUUCUGUUCUUGCAGUACCAACACACAACAUCCACGCUGCAGAGCCUGCUGGGGUAUUUGGCCAUGGACAGCCAGCGGCGGCCACUCCUUAUACAGGCACUGAAAGAACUGCUGGAGACGUGGGGCAGCAGCAGUGCUGUCCGACAUGCACCCUUGGCACAGCAGCACUACCUCAGUGCAGCCAUCCUUGUCUGCUUGGCGCACUUAGGGGAGCCAGAGCUGCGGGACAGCCAGGACGAAUUGUUGGGCAGCAUGAUGGCAGGGGUGAAGUGCCACCUUGAUAGCAGUCUUCCCACUGUGCGCCGCCUGGGCAUGAUUGUGGCAGAGGUCCUCAGUUCCCGGAUCCACCGUGAGGGCCCUCCCCUCAGAUUCCAGUAUGAAGAUGACAAGCUGAGCCGUGAGCUGCUGGCCUUGGCCACCCCUUGUACUGCAGGCGGCAGCACCUUAGAGGCAGGAGGCUCAUCACCAGCCCCUGCUGCUACAGAGAUCCUUGAGAAAACCGUGGAUGGUGAGGUAGAGUCUGCCAACAGCAGCGUUCCCCAAGUUCGGCCACAGGACUCUGACUCAGAUCUGGACAGUGACGAUGAGUUCAUCCCUUAUGACAUGUCAGGGGACAAAGAGCUGAGAAGCAGCAAGGCGCCAUUGUAUGUCCGGGAUUGCAUAGAAGUGUUGACCUCGUCUGAGGAUAUGGAGCGUUGGGAGGCAGCCCUGCGGGCUCUGGAGGGCCUAGUGUGCAAGAGCCCUGAGGCCACUCAAGAGGUAAGUGUGGAGCUGGCCAAGGUUCUGCUGCAUCUGGAGGAGAGGACCUGUGUGUCAGGAUUUGAGGGACUGCGCCAAAGAGCCCUAGUGGCUGUCACAGUCAUGGACCCAGCCCGGGUGGCUGAGUAUCUGACCUCACAGUUCUACGCCCUGAACUAUAGCCUGCGGCAGCGCAUGGAUAUCCUGGAUGUCCUGACUCUGGCAGCCCAGGAGCUGUCUCGGCCAGGGCAUCUUAAGAGGCAUGCUCAGCAGGUGUCCUCUGGUUCUGGUGGUCUGUGCUUACCAGCCCAGGCUGCCUGUCAGCAUGACCACACUGCAGGUUCUGGCUGGCGAGCUGUUGUGGAAGAGAGAAUCAGAAGCAAGACCCGGAGGUUUUCCAAGGGCUUUCCCCGGCGGGAGCUGGCAAAUGGUCCCAAUGAAUUCAACUCUGUUGCUGGUUACUUCUUUUUCCCCCUCAUUCAACACUUUGACAGGCCUCUGGUGACCUUUGAUCUUUUGGGAGAUGACCAGUUGGUUCUUGGAAGACUGACUCACACCUUAGGGGCCUUGAUGUACCUGGCUGUUAACACCACAGUGGCUGUGUCCAUGGGCAAGGCACUACUGGAAUUUGUGUGGGCUCUUAGGUUCCAUGUUGACAUCUAUGUGCGUAGGGGCCUGCUGUCUGCAGUAUCAUCCAUCCUCCUCAGUGUACCUGCUGAGCGGCUGCUAGGGGACCUGUCCGAAGAGCUGCUGGAAGCCAGGUCCUGGCUGGCAGAUGUUGCUGAGAAGGAUGUGGAUCAGGACUGCAGGGAGCAAGCAGUGAGGGCUCUGCUGCUUCUGGAGAGACUCAAGGAUAGGCUUCUUCCCAUCUCUCCCUAGCCCUUGAGGUUUCCAACCAUCUAAGGCCCAGCUGGACCACUGCCAUCGGGAAGACAGAGGGCCCAAAGAGUGGAACUGGGGUAGCCUCUGGACGCUGCAGCAUAGCCAGGUCUGGAUGGUGAUGGGGUACUCUGUGCACAUGCAGAAAGGCCUGCACUCUAUCCCUAGAGCUACUCAUAGCCUGCAAGGCAUCACGCUGCCUCCCACAGGACAAAGCAGCCAGAAUGCUGGAUUGGAGCUGGACUGGGGGUACCAGGCUGAGGAAAAAUCUCCUCCCAAGGGUAGAACCAGUGGAAGCCCCAGAAUGGAGAAGAGGCAGUUGUUCAGAGCAACUUAUAGAGCUGCCAGACCGACUGAACAGGCUUGCCCUUCUUUUGGGCUUCUCAUCACUGGGUCCCUAGGAGAAUAAGUAGGGUAGCAGUGUUAUGACACCCUCCUUUGUGUUUCUUACUGAGUGGGGAUGUCAGCUUCUACUUGGACUCAGGUGCAGUGGGGAAGAAGGACACAGGUCUCAGAAAAUAGGCUUUAUAGGAGUUAUAGGAGUGUCAGCAGCCAAUGAGUGGGGCUUGGUGUCCCUGUUACCAUUCUAGUGACCAAAGGGAAAAGCUGUCAGGGCUCAGGCUUGGCUAUAGUGGUCCCUGAAAGAAACCUUCACGUAGCCUUGUAUAUACAAUUAGCUGUAACAGGUGUUGCCAAGCUUCAGGUAUAACCUCAGUUGUGAAGUUCUAGACUUUUCUUAGGUUCCAUAGUCUAUGUUGGGAAAUGUGGAAAAGAUGAAUCCAAGUCCCCUCAAAAGAAAUGAACUGGAAAUCCAUGGGAGCCACCCAGCUGCCAGAGGCAGGAGUACUGGAGGGAUAGUUUAAAAUACAGGGUAAUCUUCCUUUUGGACAUUGUGAUGAGACAGAGCAGUGUUCUCUCCUGUUUCUCUAGUCCUGCUUACAUGUGAUAAUAUAAAAAUGGAGGUUUUCCAUUACAAAGGUGCCUCUGCUAUUACUGGAGCCUGGAACAUUCCAGAAGCAGCUUUCACAGCAGCAGCAGGACAGGCCAAAUGGCCAGGGACUG